AUGUUGCCAGUGAGCGUUUGCACACCAACCUUUGCAGUGGCGUUAUAUUCGCGCUGGGUGGCGCUGUUGCGCUAUUACGUCCUCAACGUGGCUGUUCCGCAUUGCUGCGGUGGAGGAAUCGGAGGAAUCCAAACGCUGCUGCUUAUCAUGGCGUCGGCACUUUGUCGUCUUGGCUGGGUUUCGGCUGUCAGAAACGUCUUCGUCUCGCCGGCAAAGACUGUGACAGCGUGUCGGACAGCUGCGUGCUUCUCUUCCGGGGCCAUUCUACCCAAACCCAAGAAGACCCCCUUCGGUCUCUGGCGGAUUGCGGCGGUAGUGGUGCCCUCCUUGUACAUGGGGACUCGUAUCAGCAAGAACUUUGCUGAGGUACUGGAGGAACACGACAUCUUUGUCCCCGAAGACGAUGACGACGACUGA